AUGACCUCAUCACCACCCACCGGCGUCUUCGUACCCGUCCCAACCUUCUUCAAACCCCAAUCCGAAUCAAAGUCGCUGCAACCUGCAGUCGAUGUGCAAACGCAAGUUGAGCACUCUGUAUUCCUAGCCAAAAAUGGAGUGCGCGGUCUUGUCUUGCUCGGUUCCACGGGCGAGGCGAUUCACAUGUCGCGACAAGAACGCAUCGACCUCGUUUCUGGUGUGCGCAAAGGGUUAGACGAGGCAGGCUUCAAGGACUACCCGAUCAUGGCUGGCACAUUGAUUAACAGUGUUGACGAGACAUUGGAAUGGUUAGAGGACUUCAAGAAGGCAGGCGCGCAAUGGGGGCUCGUGCUCGCGCCAGGGUACUUUGGCGCAGCGGCGAGUCAAGAGGGCAUUAGGGAAUGCUACAACUACCCUGGCGUAACCAACGGUGUAAUGGUCACACCCGAAACCUACCGCAUCCUCGCCCAACACCCCAACAUCGUCGGUUGCAAGAUGUCGCAUGCAGUCGUCUCAUGGCACAACCAAGUGUCACUUGACCCCAAAAUCGACCACAACAAAUUCCGCGUCUACUCUGGUCUCGGCCAACAACUCGGUCCCAUCGUCAUUUUCGACGCGGCAGGUGUCAUCGAUGGUCUCGCGGCUAUAUACCCAAAGACUGUAUGCUCUCUGAUGAAGCUAGCCGAGACAAGGCCGAUAACAGAUGAGAAUCUCAAGAAGAUGAAGCAGUUGCAGUACACUGUCAGUACGGCCGAGGAGUACAUUGGUAAGUACGGUAUCGUGGGUAUCAAAGAGGCAGUCAAGAGGGUCACCGGUUUCGGAACAAUGGAAGGCGGAAGACUCCCAAUCAAGGGUAAGCUGCCUAAGGGCGAGUGGGAGAAGUGGAACGAGACCUGGGAAAGGAUACAAAACAUGGAAGAUUCAUUGACUGAGAAGGACUUCAAGUAG